GGGAUACUUUGAGCUGUCAGUUUAUGUCUUUAACAGAAAGGUAAAGUUUGUAUUUUAUGGUAACUAAGAAUAGAUUACUUCAGUUAUGUAGAGACAGACAAUCUGUCUUGGCGCCCAUACGUACAGAUGUACUCACAGUAUGUAGCUAUUAAAAUAGCAGAGCAGGAAAGCAAAAGCUGCAGGAUUACUCUAACCGGUUAAGGACUGAGGUACUAGAGCAACGAUGCAAAUUUUGAUUUAAUGUAGGAGGUUGUUUUGCCCUCCAGGUGUGUUAAAGUAUAAAAUCUAGAAAGACUCAUUCUGUUCCAUUUGCUUCUGACAAGUAAGAGAUGUUUUUGGAUGGAAUACCUAACCCCUUCUAAGGCCUUUCAUCGUUAAAACAUGUUACCACAGUCUUGAAGAGUCGGUGAGCGUCAUCAACAACAGUAAACAAGUUGAAAGAUAUAAUUUUUGUUUUUUCUUUCUUUAAACUUAUUCGUUGGGAGCGCUCGUCUUUCAACCACGGAUCUGUGGAAGAAAUCUUCUAAAUAUCUUAUAAACGUAAAACUUGCAUGAUAUGGGACGGCAGAUGUGCCGAAUCGGAAGCAGGAGAGUGAGUUACUCGGGAUAUUGGGACUACGGAAACACAUAAGUAGCUGAAUACAAAAUUGCUUCAAACUUGUGUGGUGUUCAGGUGGUGCUCUAAAAUGUCAGUGGCUUGUUUCAGCUUAGAAACUUCCUUUUUGUUAUUUCUCCAGCAGUAUUUAACAUCUCGAAAUUGGUCUGCUAUUAACGUGUUUCAGUUCGUACGACAUCAAUCUUAUUAUAAACGUCUUUUCGAUUUUCUUAUAAUCGCCUGAUUUCUUGUACAGUUAUCAAUCGCAACAUCAUAGUUGUUUCCAUCAAACAUUCUUUCAGUGAUAAUAAUUUCAUAGAUUAAUAAAAGAGUUGUCUUGUUGCUUUGCAAAUUGGUGGAAGUUAAACCUUUAGCGUACAGCCACUCACGCUCCACUGAUCCGCCAGUAUGUUAUUUGCAUCAACUCAGACAGGCUUGAUCAACAUUAUGAAAGCUUUUACUUUUUACCCAAAACGUAAUGUUAGCCUUUGUGCGAAUCGCGAGUUUUUUAAACGCGAAAUCAACAAAGAGCCCUUAUUUUCGGCUAAGGUAGAGAGAAAGGACACUGAUGAUCACACAAGUGCCAUCGCAUAUCUCUAUUUUCGCCUUAACUUAUGCAUGACGAAAUCAUAGAGCUAAUAUCCCUAACAGCAGUGGGGUCUUGUAAGAAUAUAUGUUUGGACUCAACUUAAGGAGCUCACUUCAAAAAUGUCCAUCAUCCGACAUAGUCAAGUGAUAUCAUGAUGCCUUAUAGUAGGAUCCAGAAGUAUAGGUGUAAAGCGAAAGUCGGCGCAAGCUGCUAUUUUUUUAUUUUUUAAGUCUGCUUGUAAUGGACUUUUUCUUCUCCCGGAGGGCAAGAAAAUGUGAAAGGAAAUUGAAAUUGUCUCAGUGGGGUUUUGAGGGGUUUUUCCCUUGAAAGGAAAGUAUUUAGAAGAGCCAUUGUGAAUGACACAUUAUUCACGUUUGAGCGCGCCCAUGUCUGUUCAUUUGUCUUUUGCUUGGGAAUGUUCACUUAAACGGAGUUUAUGCCUUUAAAGAGAUUCAGAAAGGUGAAUGAACUAAUGUCAAUAGUUUUUGUUACAAAAUACCUUACGUAGUUAUCAAAAUAAUAACGACCUACACAGCAGUCUGCAACUAACCGUAUUCAACAAAGAGCUAGGCAUAGCCUGCGCGCAGACGAAAUUAAACUCUGAUCAGAGUUUAGUUAUCGUCUGCACGCAAGCUACUGGGGUAGAAAGAUAUUAUUUAAGGGCGUAAUAAAGCUAACGCUGUGAACAAUUUCUAUUUCAGGAAUCGAGAAAAGCGCACAUAAGGAGCCAAACACCAUUGUCAACAUUGUUGUGAUCUCACUGGCGUCAAAGUGCAUCAAACACCUUCAUUUCAAUCGACAACAACUCAAAUUUGAUUGGAACAAAUAGCCAAGUAAGUACCGGAGCAGUUUUAUCAUCUUUGCCGAAAGCUUCAUGACAAGGAGCUGGUUUGGAAUCUGACGGGCUUCAUUAUGUACAUGUUAACGAAAAAUUGCUAUACUUUUAGCUACUUUUGGGGAAAAAACUGAUGCCUCGAAACUUGCUUAUCAAGCAUUCUCACACCAAAAGUCAGAAAAAGUUUUGCCUAUUGAUCCAUUCUUUAAUAUCUGAAACCUUCUACAAGCAGCAGCCAGGGGGACUCGGAUAAACUAUCGCUACUUAUCUGGAGGUGGGCAUUGCAUGGAUCUCGACACAAUAACACCAUUUAAUAGGCUUUUACAAGUUUGAUGGAGCCUUUUCCUUUAUCUCAGUGUACCUAAAUAAACAAAUAACGAUUAGGAGGUAGUAUAUCCACAUAGUGGUUUUUCGUCUAUCUGAUUCCUGGUCAAAUUGGAAUUUUGAAAUGUUGGUUUUUGAGGAGAGGGGGAAGUACCCGGAGAACAAAUCUCUCGGAGCAAAGGAGAGAACCAACAACAAACUCAACCCACAUAUAGCGUCGACUCCGGGAUAUGAACCCUGGCCCCAUGGGUGGGAGGCGAGAGCUCUCCCCACUGCGCCACCCUUGCUGUCUAAGGAACUUUUUUCAACAUUUUUGCAGUUCAUAGGAGGUGCGCAGGUAUCGAUUUAUUGACUGUCAGAGCUACCAUUCAUAAGCGUGUCCUGAUCAGAGAGGGGAAAUCAACGGAGUUUACUGACUUUGGGUAAGUUUUCUAUUCCUGUCUAACAAAUAGCUUGCACAAUUUUUUUUACAGUGCUCAUUGUAUUCUUCACGGUAGAAAGCUUCAAGUGCUCCGAUGAUGCAUACGCUGUGAAAUAUACAGUCUUCUUAAGUCCUUGCCAGAUCUACAGCGAGAUAUUCUUAAUGCGGCGGUGUCUGUAACUUGACAUUUUGUAAAGUAAACUUUCUCUUCUCUACGCCAUGCAUAGACACAAAAUGUUCUUAUUUUAAAGAAAUCCUCUAACCUAGGUCGGUCGAGGAUUACUUUAACCAGGAAAUUUCGUCUAACAAAAACAAUAGCGGGACAAUAUGGAAAACCAAAGCGCGCACUCCGUAAGAAAUCAAGCGGCAUGCCCUACACUAAGAACACUGAUACUCUUGCUAAUGAAUUUAACUACUUCUUUAUUUCUGCUGGGGAAAAAGCAGCUAGGGAAUCCGCGGAGUUAGCUCGGUCACAUGGGUUGUUGGACUAUGAUGCUUGGCACACGAACAGUACAUCAGAACUUGGCGAACCUUCUUUCACUUUCGGCUUCAUAAUCUCUGAUAUAGAUCGAUUCAUUCUUGCACUAAAAUUUAGAUUUGGGGUUAUUUUUGUCUAAAGAAUUGGACGUAAAGUUUAUCCGUGUCUUUAUUUUGAUAUAAAGACACUCAUUAAAAAUUAAUUUCUUUUGGUUUUUCGUUAUGAAUUGUUAAUGCUAUCUCUGAAUAAAUUCAUAGGGCAAAAUAGGCCCUUUUACAUUUAUGAAUGGGAAACGAAGCUGAAGUUGACCUUGUUUUGAUACACCCAUUCCUGCUUUCUCAUGUAAAUCAUGCUGUUCGUAUGAAAACUAGUAUUUUUCAAGCAUAAUUUUCAUAAGAACAGGGUCAACCUCAGCUUCACCUUUAAUCGAAGGCGAGGGUACUAAGUGCACAUUGUAAAAUGGUCCAUUUUGCUUGUGCUAAAUGUUUUAAAACGCUUAUAUCUCGGCUGUUUUGGGGGCGAUUUCGAUAAAUUUUACAGAGACAUUGUGAAACAAUGGACGUUCAAGCCACAGUUGUACCAAAUUGGGAAAUCGUGAUUUUGUGUCCAAAUUUGCGGAAAGAAUGGAAAACUGCACACUGUGAUUUUGGUAAUAAAUGAUCGGUCAAAAUCUCCAGUGUGUAAUAUAUUGAGCAGAUUUUGCAAUUUGAAGUUUGCCAGCAAGAUAUGAUUAUUUAAAUGAGCAGAAUCUGUCAACCUUGAAAUUAGAGAUUUACAUCGUUUUAUGAAAGCGCCCGUUUAGAAUUUCGGUCAAUACAAAACACACUGCAGUCUACCAAGUUUCCCCUUCUGCAGUGCCAGCUUGUGAAGUUUUGUAUCUGCACUGAAUUCUUGGACACAAAACUGUCGGAAAAGUCAAAUUUUGAGACUCCCGAAAGUGUUUCGACUAAAGCGCGAGCUCCAAGCAAGAUAUGUAACAAGACGCUAUCGGAGCGUGCACUUGGCGGUCGCGUAUAAUGCGUAUGUGGGGAAUUUUAAUGUCGCAAUGUUGUUAAGGUGAAUAUGGGGACGUGAAGCCAUAGUAGACAUUGCUCGUUAUGUAAAUAACUUGAAGUUUUCCUUGGAAUUCCUGACGUAAACUGCAGUGGCUCACUGAAGAGCGAACGCGCACGACUACCAAGAAAUGUUAUGGACUGGUAGCAACGUCUCUAUUUCGAGUGGCAAGCGAACUUGCGACUGAGCUCUCAGCUCUCCCCGCACCCUGGUCCCGGGACUCCUUUUGCGUGCCACUCGCAGGUUACUUCUCUCAAUAUCCCUUACGCAUCAGUCAAAUCCAGCUGUGCCCAGCCCCCCCCUCCCUGUGCCACUGCGGGGCAUUACAUUUGGCUGGGCUAAGUUGGUUUUGACUGACGCAUUAAAUGGAGAGCUUGCUCGCAGGCUGAUACGGCAAACAUUAUAACUUUGUUUCCCUGGGGUGUACUUCUGCUCCUUUGAGAACGCCUGGAUCCCUCCUGGAAAACAUUGGCAUCACCGGCCAUAUAGCGGUUGCCUCUGAAUCUGGAGGUACUUCUCUUCGCCUCCUGUGUCGGCGGGUGGCGCAUUCCUGUUGCCAUCACUAGCUAGGGGCUGUCCUUGCUGGGCGUUUCCUUGGGCACCCCCUCGACCGGUUCUCUAGGUGCUUCCGUGAACUAAUGGUAACGUGCUUCGCCACGGUACCUCCAAAGCCUGUCCCUGUGCACCACCUUAGGCUUUGCCCGAGCACCUCGUUGGAUCCUGUACACAACAUCGUUUACUCUAUGUACCACGACAUACGCCCCUUACCAUGGCCGGCUCAACACCAUUUCUCCCCUGCUGAAGGUGUCUGCUACAGUACGCAUGUCGUAACGCUUCUUCACCCGUUUGCUACCGGCCUGCUGAUGGUCUCUGGCAAAAUCAUGGGCAGUCUCUAGCGAUUUUCGCAGUCUCUGUGCAUAUUCAAGUUGACUUUAGCUCUCAGAUUCUUCACGUGGCCUGCCAAUGAGCAGAUCCAGGGGAGCACGCAGUUAGCGCCUAAACAUGAGCAUGGCACGGGUGAGCCUUGUGGUCUGGUGAACAGCUGAUCGAUAGGACCUUACCAGGAGAGGUAAAUGCAGCUCCCAAUCACAUUGAUGAUCCUCAACAAAAGUAGCGAGCUGAUUCUCUUAAGCUCGGUUGUACCGCUCCGCCAUGCCAUAAGUUUGGGGAUGCAAAGCAGCUUAUCCUGGUCUUAUGGAUUCCAAGCAACGAGCAUGCUUCCUUAAACACCCGAGACUUACUUGGCCUUGGUCGGAGUGAAGCUCAGCGGGCACGCCAAAUCUGGUGAAGAACUGAGACACUAGUACGUCAGCAACAGUAACUGCUUCCUGGUUCGGGAGAGCCAGGUAAGCCUCUGGUCAUUUACUGAAAUAGUCCAUUGCAAUUAGAAUGUAUUUGUUACCACGCCCUGUCUCGGGAAGAGGCCCCAGUAUAUCGAUGGCGACUCGUUCCAUAGGUUCACCUGUAUUGUACAGCAGCAAGGGUGAUUUCUGCUUCACUCUUGGGCCCUUAAUAGAAGCACAAAGGUUACACCUACAGCACCAUUCUUCAAAGUCACGGCGCCAGUGGAUCCAGUAAAAUCUUUGACGAACUUUGCCUAGGGUCUUAGACAAUCCCAAGGGACCACCCACUGGACCAUCAUGGGGUAGUUUUUGCACGUUGGCGCGAAGUGCUGUAUAGACUGCAAGCUGCCAUGUCUCCUCACCAAGUUCAGGAGAUUCCCACCGGUGAUACAGCACGCCCUCCUUUAGAAAAAGGGAAUCCCAUUGUGCCCAGUAUGCCUCGGUGACAAGUCAAAAUGGGCAACGGCAGGCCACUCUGGUGUGCAAUUGUAGUGGUGUCCAUUGGCUGUCUUCUAGUAGGUUUUUUGCUCGUUUCUCCUGUUUCCCCUCCUCAGGAAUGCUGGAGCUAGACUGCAGCUCUCUGACGACACGAUUGGGCGUUUCGACGGUCAAAGCGUCAUUUGCCUUGCUACCUAGGUCACCCUCAGGGAAUUCUCUCUCCUCUUGACGCUGGCAGUAAACGCAAUUUGUCCCCAAACAGGGUCGCCGCGACAAUGCGUCUGCAUUCUGAUGAAUCUUUCCUGCCCGAUAUGCAAUACAGAAAUCAUAGCUCUGCAGUUUUUGCAGCCACCUUGCCAAUUGUCCCUCCAAGUUCUUGAAUGAAAGCAGCCAUUGUAAAGAGGCGUGGUCAGUUCUCACAGUAAACUUUCUGCCAUAGAGGUAAGGGUGGAAGUUCUCAAUUGCUCGGAACACUGCCAGAAGUUUACGCCUUGUUGUACAGUAAUUGCGUUGAGGUUUACUGAGUGCACGGCUAUAAUAGGCUAUCACUCGUUCGUCGCCAUAGUGAACUUGAGAAAGAACUGUCCCUAUGCCAACAUUACUGGCAUCAGUGUCUAGUGGAAAGGGUUCUGCGCUGUGGGGGUACGCAAGCACGGUGGCAGACACAAGAGCAGCUUUGAGUUGCUGAAACGAAUCAUUGCUUUACUUUGUCCACUCAAAGGGUUGGCCUUUCUCACAAAGUUGAUGCAGAGGACGGGCGACAUCGGAGAACGAACAGACACACCGGCGGUAAUAGUUACAUAAGCCAAAAAACCUCACAACAGCCUUAGCAUUGUGUGGCACCGGUCAGUUUUGAACAGCCUUUACUUUGUCAGAAUCUGUGGUAACUCCAUCCUCACAGACCCAGGGCCAAGAAACUUAACUUUCUGUCGAAAAAGUUCGCAUUUCUUAGGACUCAACUUCAGGUUUACUGCUCGUAGACGGAAGAACACAAGUCUCAAGCGUCUCAGCUCCAAGUCAAAGGUCAUAGGGUGAAAAAUUAUGUCGUCAAGGUAGAUUAAGCACCUAAGGUCCCCAAGGAGGGUAUCCAUCAGGCGUUCGAACGUGUCCAGUGCGUUACGCAGACCGAAAGCCAUUACAUUUUACUGCCAGAGUCCGUUCCCUGCUGUGAAGGCUGUCUUCUCACGGUCCUUUUGAGCCACUUCCACCUGCCAGUAGCCACUUUUACAAUCCAACGUGGAAAACCACGAGGAACCGGAGAGUUCGUCGAGGGUGUUGUUGAUCCUUGGCAAGGGAUAAGAGUUCUUUUUGGUGAGGUCAUUCAGUUUGAGGUAAUCGACACAGAACCUAGCGUACCCCUCUUUCUUUUUCACUAGGACUACUGGCUACCAUCACGGGCUGUUAGAAGGCUCGAUUAUUCCUUGCUGAUGCAUCUCCUCAAUAGCUUUACGGGCUUCCUCGCGUUGUACUAAUGGCUAUCUUCUCGGGGGCUGACGAACAGGGGCAGCGACGCCUGUGUCUAUCACAUGUUUCGUUUACCCAGUCCUUCCCAGAUCUUGCGGUCCUGUUGAAAAGAUGUCUUGAAAUUCGCACAAAAGCUCGAGCAGCUGAAGGUGUUGUCCGUCACUUAAUCCCCCAGCUCUUCGGGUAUAGAGGUCCUUGAGGUGAUCUGGUUAGUUGCCUCCUGUCUCUUGGGCCAAAUUCGAGCUGCUGGUGAAGGACACUUUGUACAGGUUCACAACUUGCCACCUCCGUGCCGCUACAAACUUUCCUUGGCUCACCAGAGAGGUUAGCCACCCUCACCGGGACAUAAUCGUUUUGGGCAUCGAACAGUGUCUUACCCACCAUCACGUCUGGUGGGAGCAUAACAGUGAUGGAUGGGCCUAUUGUUCCCCAUGGUUCGCAAAGAGCGUUGUCUAUAAUCUUAGCCGCCUCAAUGGCCUCGCUGUUAAGUAAGAUCAGAAUGUCCUCAGCUGCUGUCACUCUAUAGCAGCGGGCUUGUUCGCUGGGUAAAGGCUUAUGAAGGGGAACUUCCUCUGCUCCAUUUCGUCCGCUUCAUGCUCCUGUAUCGACGGUACUACCAUGGGCCAUCAGGACAUCUAGGCCUAAUAUAACCAUCUAGGAAAUAUUUGCAACCAAAACUUCAUGAGAGACUUGCGUCCCCCCAAUCCUGACCCAAAGCCUCAGUUUUCCACACACGUCCGCUGUUUCUCCUGUUGCAGUUUUGAGGACAUUGUUAGUGACACGUAGAUGAGAGUGUCUGCUUGCUUAACUCGUCUGGACGAACUACUGUGACGUUGGAGCCUGUUUCAACGACCACUGGACACAUCACUCCUUCGAUGUCUGUGCUUACGAUAAGACUUCCCUCAUUAUGAGACAGUCGUCCAGCCCUCAACAUGACUUGUGGAAUUAUACUGAUUGUUUAGUGGGCCGGUCUUGCCCCCUAAAGGUCGGCCUGGUUGGGAAAAUUCUGGUUCUACAUAUCUCUUGCUCUAUUUCUUCCAACCUUCCAACAGUCUCGUUUCAGGAGGCCCCUUUUCCCACAAGCCCAGCACUGUGGAGGCCUGAAGCUUUGGGAGGGUACCACUUGAGUGAGCAGUCCUUUUACUUUUGCAAGUACACCAUCCCGCUGGGAUUUCUCGCGAUCAGGCUCAUCAGUUGAACCCCCUUCUGCUGCACCACAUUAAAUGCCUCGAACAGGAAAUUCCCUUUGGCAGGAGGCUAGUAAGUACGAUUCCAGUUCCAUAGCUAGCGUCAGAGCAGCCCAGAGAGAUUGGGGCCGACUCUGCUUCAGACUUCUGGCAUCUCCGUCCAGGAUCGCGUCAGUGAAUUGCUCCUUUGCUAAUAGGUCCUUGAUCCCUUCUGGGGCGAGAGGGUAAGCUAGCCUUAACAAGCGCUCUAAAUCCUUGGCUAGUUCUUGUAAAGCCUCUUCGCGGCGUCUCACUCUACUCUUAAAUUUAGAGCGAGAAGCUCUUGUUGGUGCGCCGAUCAGAACCUGCUCUCAAGAGCCGGAACUAGCUCCUUGUAAUCUUGUCCAGUGCUUGGGGAAAGAUUUCCUAGGAGAGAUAAGGCAGGCUCCUUAAGGCUCGUCGCAAGAUAGUUCCCUUUUUUGCUCGUCGUUUCAUUGACUCAUUCCAGCAACGAUUUCUCCCACUGCGAUUUGCCGUCAAACGAUGGGGGUUUUUGAACCGGUCGUUUAUGUUCGGAAUCCGCACUGCAGACUGAGAAUGGUGAUGAAAACUUGGGUGUUUCAGGCUGAAGCCCUGAUUUCAAAGGAGUUGAGGUUGCACUUGCAUCGAACUCGGCGAAAGGCGAGGUGCUCAGUUUAUCCUCCAAACUCGUUAAUGCUUUUUCCAGUCGCAAAUUAAAGCUCUCUUGUGUUUCCUUAAGCCGUUCCUUAACAUCUUCUUAGAAUAAACUUUGUUUAGAAUCGAGAGAGUUUACCUUUUGUGUGAAUUCUUCCUCCAAAGCGUUCAUUUUCACUGUCAGUCUAUCUUCGUGUAAUUUGAGCCCGCUCUUUAGUUGAGUUGCCUGCGUAUUUACUCGUGUGCACAAUUCUUCGAAGCGCUGCGAUAUUUCCUGUACUUGAGACUCGAUUUUCAAUCCCUGUUGCUGCAUUUUGUUUUCUAUUCCAUUGUUCUGUUUUCCUAACAAGUGCAGAACCUGUAAGAUAUCGUCCAUACUCGCCCCCGAACACGCUGUUGGCGAGGUAGCUUCGUCCUCUUCGCCGUCAUCCUGAGUUUUUACAAUGAUUUCCACGCUUUCAUCGGCCAUAUUCGUGUUGCUUAUUCCAACUCCUGACACCAGUGUUACGCUCCAUGGGUUCAGCGAAUAAAACAUACUACGAUAAUGACAAGUUUGCACAGUUUUUAUUCCUACCGCUUCACCGACACACUCGGUCCAAUCCGCUCUCACGCUCUCGACAAGCCCAAAUAUGGCAGCCCCAUCUUUGGAAAGCAGUAUGCAGCAUCACGUUACACUUCGUAACCCAAUUACCCAUUACAGUACAAAGAGUUUUGGUAUUAAAUUUGGUUGAAAUUUCAAAAGAUUUCCAAAUCACUGAAACAAGGUUUGAUUCAGAGCCCGUUUGUUACUUUUGAAUAAACAUUUUGCUCGCAAAAAUUAUGUGCUCAUCUUUUAUCUAGUUUGAAUAUCUUUAAACAUGUCGAUAUCAGUCGUUGUACUUCAUGCAGACGCUUGAAAUAAAUGCAUAACAAUGAGCCCAAGGUGGGGUAACCAUGCAAAGCCACCACCAAAGUUUAUUUUGCGUAAAUUUAAAUGUAUCACCAAUCCCACCCCGGCUAGGCGGGUUACCCCACCUAGAAACGUUUACAUGGCAAAAUUUGACCCUGGCUGAGAGGGUUACCUGAUCUGGCAGACCGGGCUACCCGCCUUGGCGGGUCACCCCACCUAUCAUGUAAACGUGAUCAAACUAAAAUAAACACUUGCUAAAUUGUGUGACACCUUAAUAUCACAAGUGUAUUUUACAUGCAGAGAUACAAAUAAAUGAGAAUGAGUGGUGUGUCUAAAAAUUUUCAACCAGUUUAAAAAUUUCACACUAGUUUGAAAAAUUUAAACCAGUUAAAAAAAAAUCAAUCCAAAGAAAAAAAAUUUGAACUACAGCAUAGACAAGGAAAGAAUAAGUGGAGUUUAUUUCUGGACCUUAAAAAAGCCUUCGACACAGUAGAUCACGAUCUCCUACUGACGAAAUUUAGAGUAUAUCGGAGCUCGUGGCCGCCAGUUAGAAUGGUUUAAAUCUUAUCUGUUUAACAGAUUUGAGGUUGUAUAUAUUAACGGAAUACUCUCCGAUAAAUCCGUUUUAAAAUGUGGUGUUCCCCGGGGUCCGAUACUUGGGCCACUUUUGUUUUUAAUAUAUAUAAAUGAUCUUUGUAAUAUAAUUGAUUAUGCUACCACACGAAUAUACGCAGAUGAUACUAAUUUGACUUUCACUGCUUGCAACAUCCCUCAACUACGAAACGAUAUGAAUGUAGAUUUACGUUACCUUCAAAUUUGGCCUAUUUCUUAUCGUAUUAACACCCGUACGUGCCUUAUUUAUUCCAGGCAGAAAUUCCUGCUAAAAUCUGUCCAUUAAUCUGAUUUUUUUUUACUACAUUCUAGUUCUUCCAUUGACGGGUUUAAUCACCGACCAUCACAGAUGACAUUACAGCCGUUUAGCUACGAGCAACUGAACUUUUUUAAGUUCUCCUCGUUAGUAUUAAAUGAAUUUCCAAAAGUCUUACGGAAGACCUUUAAAACCAUGUGGGACAACACCUAUGGAGGUCGCCCUGGUUUCCAGCUCUGGGAUGAUUCACCUGUUGUGAGAAAUUUAUUUGCCACUACAGAAGGUGGUAAGACUAAAGUUGCUAUUCACCAGUCUUACAAUGAUUGGGAUUGCACCAAUCUCUUCCAGGCUACAAUAUUUGCGCGGUCAUUUGCCUUACCAGCCAGCGCAGGCUCCUUCACCACACUCAGUGAUUUGUACGUGAAACCGCGCGCUAUACCUCAUGAUAGUUUCCACGCAAAUGUGCUCAGCCCGGGUGGAAACAAGGCGGAGACCUUUGCUCUUGCAAUUGAUCAGCUUCGUCGUCUUAGGAAUUCACUUUGCCACUCGAAAAAUUCUGAGAUGGACAAAGCGACCUUUGAUCAGCGCGUGAAUUACGCCAAAGAUGCGUUUAAAGCCCUUGGUGUCUCGACAGCCCAAAUUGAAGCUGUUGGUAGUUUGACGGGGUCCGACUUUCCCACAAAUGAAGUUCGCAUAUUGGAAAUGAGACUAAGAGACGAGACUCGAGCGUACAUUAAAUUUCUCCAAGAAGUGAGUUCAGAUAUCAGUGAGAUAAAGGCGUUAUUGCAUUCUAUGCAAGAGACAAAGAAGGAAGACACCCAACAUAUUGCUACAGGAGCACAAGUGGAUUACGCUGCGAUUCUCGACGGUGCAAGUUCAGAUAUCAAGGUUUUAAAGCAGAUAUGCGUUGAGGACACUGCCAGUAGUGGAGUUAUUGCCAGGUUGCAGGAAAGGAUAAAUGAGUUGAAAUCAGGACAAGAUGAACGUGCUGCACCAGCUGGAUAUUCAGGUAUGAAAUGAUUGACUGAAACGAUAUCUUGUAAGUAAUAUGAGCAAGAGAAAGAACGGGACGCCUUCUUUCUUGCGCCCAUAUUGCUAUAAUUACAAGCACCUGCUACGCAGGCUAGUCUGUCUGCUUCCACGCAAAGGUUAACCUUUUUCAGUGCAAGGGCGGCAUUUCUCAGUUAUUUUGAGACCCUGACUCUGACCUGUCCAGCUCUGGGGAUCGAACCUGCGACCUAUCGCUCUGCAGUCAAGCGCUCUACCGACUGGCGGGCUAGUCCUACCGCGGUUAAAUGUCACAAUAGUUGUACUUAAAAUGUUAUGAGCGUUAUGUUACGUAAAAGUAAAUAUUUUGAUUAUCAAUAGGGGUUAAAACUUGAUCAGACACACACUUGUCAUUUAAAAACAGAUCGAACGCUAUGUAAUUUCUCUAUAGAAGUGGCCCAUGCAAAUAACAAAACUUUUUGAGGCGAAGUGGCUCCUAGCCUGCGUAGCUGGUGAUAUAAACACGCUUAAGUGCUACGUGUCAUGAUUCGAGUGCCUCGCUUGUCACGCUUUUGAGUAAGACAAAAGAGCACUUGUGCGCGCUAAUCAAGACUGUAAGCCAGUUGAGUCGAAGCUUGGGAGGACUGGGGAAAAGUCAACUGCCAAGAAGGUUUUGGGAUCAGAAAUGGCUGCAAAGGAUGCUGGCAGUCUAUUGCUAAUUCCAGCCAGCUAGGCAUCCCUGUUUAAAUCUUCAUCACUUAGCUUAUGGAUCUUGUUUUUCUCUCUUCCAAGAAAGACAUUUCUAACGGUCCAUGGCAGCAUGUGAUAGAUUCUAGAUCAAUCUUUAAUCCAAGUCGAUUUGUUUAUUUGUUUAGAUAUUUGCACUUAUCUUCAAAUUAGUUUUACUUUCGUUUUUUGAAAGGUGUGAGGUCAUCUCUCCUUGGAGCUUCCCUUCCCUCAGUGGUUCCUAAUUUUACUGGGCGCCAGAGUGAGUGUGAGGAUAUCAUCGGACACGUGUCUUCUGAGUCUGUCCGACUGGUGUCAAUUUGGGGUACACCUGGAUUCGGAAAAACAUCAGUUGCGAUUGCGGUUGGACACGCCCUCAAGUCUCAGGGAAAGCCUGUGUAUUGGUUCUCUCUAAGAGGAAUCCGUUCUAAAGCAGAUUUAGCUUCAAAAUUUCUUAGCUUUUUGAGGCAACUUACCACAAUAAAACAACCUUCUCGUCAGCGUCUGUCCAUCGAUGAAGAGGUCUGGCAACUUUUCAGCAGUGUGUCAAAUCCGUCUGCGUUUAUCCUUGAUAACUUCGAUGAUUUGUUAGAAAGUGGUUCGCCGAACGCAAAGGAAGAGGUCAUGCAACUUCUCGAAGAGAUUCUAAGGCGAAAUCAAAUGGUGACUUUCGUCGUGACCACAAGAGAGUCUCUUGAGUAUAUGAACCUUCAUUUUCAAGGUCAUAAGGGUUUAAGAAUAAGGCCAUUAGAUAAAGCCUCAGCUAAUACCCUAGUUUCUGAGUUGCUUCCAAAUACAAGCACUACAGACUGUACACAAAUCGCGCAAAUCUGCGGACAGGUUCCUUUAGCCAUGAAGUUAAUGUGUUCUUUGAUAUCUGAAGAUAGUGCUCAACCACGCCAGAUUAUAGAUGACCUCAUGUUGUCCCCCUCAGAAAACCGUAUCAUCGAAAUGUUAAACAAUCCAGAUUACCCAACUCGUCACCGAAUAAAGUUGUUGUUUGAUUCUUCUUUCAAGAAACUCACCAUGCAAGAAAAAGAUGCACUUAUAUCCUUAAGCAUUCUUCCUGACAGUUUCAGUACAGAAGUAGCUGCAGCCGUUUUAAGUGACACAGGGCCUAUGGAAACCACGAAGAUAUUAGGAAGCCUUCGAAGAAAGUCUCUCAUUGACUCAAGCUCUAAACCGGGAACAUUCACAAUGCACAGGCUCCUGCAAUCAUUUGCAAGAGAGAAGGGAGAAAGAGAGAUGAGAGAUACCUUGCUAAACUCAAAGAGUCGUUUGAAAGCGUACUACGUUUCCCUUCUUGAGAAGCUCAAUGAACAAUUUCUUACCGGGAACUCAAUGGCAGCAUAUAUUGAAUUCUAUGAAAAUAAGAAGAACAUCAUUGAAAGUGUAGUAGAGAGCUGUUUAGAUUCCGAUAGAGCUAACAGCGUUUAUGAUGUACUGGUGAAAGGAGAGAUAUUUCUUGACUCGCUCUUUUGGAAUGCCAGCGAAGCAGAAAACUUUUUUUACAUAUAUGACACGGCCAUAAAGGCAGCUAAUCUGCAAAAGAAAGACAAACACUACAGACAACUACUUUCCUCCAGAGCUUUCGGUGAGGUGACCUGGGGACAAAAAGGAAUGACAAGACAUCUUCUCUCAAAAGUGAAUGAGCUUCAAGCUGCAGCUUCCCUUGUUCCUAACCUGGAAAAAGGCAAAUACUUGUGCUAUAUGGGAAUCUAUCAAUUUGUUACAGAAGAAACGAAUAAUGGAGUGCAGUUCUUAAAAGAGGCGCUAUUGUCACUCGAAAAUUGUCACGGCGCAGAAAAACGCAUUCUGGAGAUGGCUAUUUUUCAGAUACUUGCUGUUUAUUUUCAGUCCCUUAACGACCUCUCCAGUGCAACUACCUUCUAUGACAAAGCAAUCCACCACUGUAGUGCAAUGAGGGAUUGGCAACUGCUUAUUAUCCCGUCAAUGAAAAGCAAAAGCAAGGAAUCUAUCAAUGAAGUAAAACUUCACAAAAACUCGGAUAUCUUGCUAAGUCAACCACUGAAAUGUGAAAUAAUUUUUCUGUUAAGCAAAGCAACAAGAAGUUUUGCUGAUGCUAACACCAAGCAAUGUUUAAGCAAUACACUUCUCCAAAUCGCAGAGAAUAUCGAAAGACAGGUUCAAAUUACUCCCGGAUUGCUAACUUUUCACAACACCGUCCUUGUGACACAUUUAAAGUCGCAUUUAAGAGGUGAACACCCGGAUCAAAACCUCUACGCGGCCAGAUUAAAAAACUAUCAAGAAGCCGUCAUUAAACUGUUUGGAGAAGAACAUGAAAGCACUGCUGACAGCUACAGGGGACUCGGUGUAACACAACUCGAAAUGAAAGACUACAAAGCAGCUCUUCAGUCUCUCCAGCGAGCAUUAGCAAUACGUAUUAAACUGUUUGGAGAAGAACAUGAAAGCACUGCUGAUAGCUACAAGGAACUCGGUGUAACACAACACGAAAUGAAAGACUACAAAGCAGCUCUUCAGUCUAAACAGCGAGCAUUAGCAAUACGUAUUAAACUGUUUGGAGAAGAACAUGAAAGCACUGCUGAUAGCUACAGGGAACUCGGUGUAACACAACACGAAAUGAAAGACUACAAAGCAGCUCUUCAGUCUAAACAGCGAGCAUUAGCAAUACGUAUUAAACUGUUUGGAGACGAACAUGAAAGCACUGCUGACAGCUACAGGGGACUCGGUGUAACACAACACCAAAUGAAAGACUACAAAGCAGCUCUUCAGGCUCAACAGCGUGCAUUAGCAAUACGUAUUAAACUGUUUGGAGAAGAACAUGAAAGCACUGCUGACAGCUACAGGGGACUCGGUGUAACAAAACACGAAAUGAAAGACUACAAAGCAGCUCUUCAGUCUAUACAGCGAGCAUUAGCGAUACAUAUUAAACUGUUUGGAGAAGAACAUGAAAGCACUGCUGACAGCUACAGGGGACUCGGUGUAACACAACACGAAAUGAAAGACUACAAAGCAGCUCUUCAGUCUAAACAGCGAGCAUUAGCAAUACGUAUUAAACUGUUUGGAGAAGAACAUGAAAGCACUGCUGACAGCUACGAAGGACUCGGUGUAACACAACACGAAAUGAAAGACUACAAAGCAGCUCUUCAGUCUCUCCAGCGAGCAUUAGCAAUACGUAUUAAACUGUUUGGAGAAGAACAUGAAAGCACUGCUGACAGCUACAAGGGACUCGGUGUAACACAACACGAAAUGAAAGACUACAAAGCAGCUCUUCAGUCUAAACAGCGAGCAUUAGCGAUACGUAUUAAACUGUUUGGAGAAGAACAUGAAAGCACUGCUGACAGCUACAGGGGACUCGGUGUAACACAACACCAAAUGAAAGACUACAAAGCAGCUCUUCAGUCUCUCCAGCGAGCAUUAGCAAUACGUAUUAAACUGUUUGGAGAAGAACAUGAAAGCACUGCUGACAGCUACAGGGGACUCGGUGUAACACAACACCAAAUGAAAGACUACAAAGCAGCUCUUCGGUCUGAGCAACGAGCAUUAGCAAUACGUAUUAAACUGUUUGGAGAAGAACAUGAAAGCACUGCUGAUAGCUACAGGGGACUCGGUGUAACACAACACGAAAUGAAAGACUACAAAGCAGCUCUUCAGUCUCUCCAGCGAGCAUUAGCAAUACGUAUUAAACUGUUUGGAGAAGAACAUAAAAGCACUGCUGAUAGCUACAGGGGACUCGGUAUAACACAACACCAAGUGAAAGACUACAAAGCAGCUCUUCAGGCUCACCAGCGUGCAUUAGCAAUACGUAUUAAACUGUUUGGAGAAGAACAUGAAAGCACUGCUGACAGCUACUUCAACUUCGGAGUAGCACAAUACCAAACGAAAGACUACAAAGCAGCUCUUCAGUCUCAUCAGCGAGCAUUAGCAAUACGUAUUAAACUGUUUGGAGAAGAACAUGAAAGCACUGCUGACAGCUACAAGGAACUCGGUGUAACACAACACCAAAUGAAAGACUACAAAGCAGCUCUUCGGUCUAAGCAGCGAGCAUUAGCAAUACGUAUUAAACUGUUUGGAGAAGAACAUGAAAGCACUGCUGACAGCUACAGGGGACUCGGUGUAACACAACACUAAAUGAAAGACUACAAAGCAGCUCUUCAGUCUCUCCAGCGAGCAUUAGCAAUACGUAUUAAACUGUUUGGAGAAGAACAUGAAAGCACUGCUGAUAGCUAGAGGGGACUCGGUGUAACACAACACGAAAUGAAAGACUACAAAGCAGCUCUUCAGUCUCUCCAGCGUGCAUUAGCAAUACGUAUUAAACUGUUUGGAGAAGAACAUGAAAGCACUGCUGACAGCUACAGGGGACUCGGUGUAACACAACACCAAAUGAAAGACUAAAAAGCAGCUCUUCAGUGUAAACAGCGAGCAUUAGCAAUACGUAUUAAAGUGUUUGGAGAAGAACAUGAAAGCACUGCUGACAGCUACAGGGGACUCGGUGUAACACAACACCAAAUGAAAGACUACAAAGCAGCUCUUCAGGCUCACCAGCGUGCAUUAGCAAUACGUAUUAAACUGUUUGGAGAAGAACAUGAAAGCACUGCUGACAGCUACAAGGAACUCUGUGUAACACAACACCAAAGGAAAGACUACAAAGCAGCUCUUCAGUGUAAACAGCGAGCAUUAGCAAUACGUAUUAAACUGUUUGGAGAAGAACAUGAAAGCACUGCUGACAGCUACUUCAACUUCGGAGUAGCACAACACCAAACGAAAGACUACAAAGCAGCUCUUCAGUCUCAUCAGCGAGCAUUAGCAAUACGUAUUAAACUGUUUGGAGAAGAACAUGAAAGCACUGCUGACAGCUACAAGGAACUCGGUGUAACACAACACCAAAUGAAAGACUACAAAGCAGCUCUUCGGUCUGAGCAGCGAGCAUUAGCAAUACGUAUUAAACUGUUUGGAGAAGAACAUGAAAGCACUGCUGACAGCUACAAGGAACUCGGUGUAACACAACACCAAAUGAAAGACUACAAAGCAGUUCUUCAGUCUAAACAGCGAGCAUUAGCAAUACGUAUUAAACUGUUUGGAGAAGAACAUGAAAGCACUGCUGAUAGCUACAGGGGACUCGGUGUAACACAACACCAAAUGAAAGACUACAAAGCAGCUCUUCAGGCUCACCAGCGUGCAUUAGCAAUACGUAUUAAACUGUUUGGAGAAGAACAUGAAAGCACUGCUGACAGCUACAAGGAACUCGGUGUAACACAACACCAAAGGAAAGACUACAAAGCAGCUCUUCAGUGUAAACAGCGAGCAUUAGCAAUACGUAUUAAACUGUUUGGAGAAGAACAUGAAAGCACUGCUGACAGCUACUUCAACCUCGGAGUAGCACAACACCAAACGAAAGACUACAAAGCAGCUCUUCAGUCUCAUCAGCGAGCAUUAGCAAUACGUAUUAAACUGUUUGGAGAAGAACAUGAAAGCACUGCUGACAGCUACAAGGAACUCGGUGUAACACAACACCAAAUGAAAGACUACAAAGCAGCUCUUCGGUCUGAGCAGCGAGCAUUAGCAAUACGUAUUAAACUGUUUGGAGAAGAACAUGAAAGCACUGCUGACAGCUACAGGGGACUCGGUGUAACACAACACGAAAUGAAAGACUACAAAGCAGCUCUUCAGUCUCUCCAGCGUGCAUUAGCAAUACGUAUUAAACUGUUUGGAGAAGAACAUGAAAGCACUGCUGACAGCUACAGGGGACUCGGUGUAACACAACACGAAAUGAAAGACUACAAAGCAGCUCUUCAGUCUAAACAGCGAGCAUUAGCGAUACGUAUUAAACUGUUUGGAGAAGAACAUGAAAGCACUGCUGACAGCUACAGGGGACUCGGUGUAACACAACACCAAAUGAAAGACUACAAAGCAGCUCUUCAGUCUCUCCAGCGAGCAUUAGCAAUACGUAUUAAACUGUUUGGAGAAGAACAUGAAAGCACUGCUGACAGCUACAGGGGACUCGGUGUAACACAACACCAAAUGAAAGACUACAAAGCAGUUCUUCGGUCUGAGCAGCGAGCAUUAGCAAUACGUAUUAAACUGUUUGGAGAAGAACAUGAAAGCACUGCUGACAGCUACAGGGGACUCGGUGUAACACAACACGAAAUGAAAGACUACAAAGCAGCUCUUCAGUCUCUCCAGCGUGCAUUAGCAAUACGUAUUAAACUGUUUGGAGAAGAACAUGAAAGCACUGCUGACAGCUACAGGGGACUCGGUGUAACACAACACGAAAUGAAAGACUACAAAGCAGCUCUUCAGUCUAAACAGCGAGCAUUAGCGAUACGUAUUAAACUGUUUGGAGAAGAACAUGAAAGCACUGCUGACAGCUACAGGGGACUCGGUGUAACACAACACCAAAUGAAAGACUACAAAGCAGCUCUUCAGUCUCUCCAGCGAGCAUUAGCAAUACGUAAUAAACUGUUUGGAGAAGAACAUGAAAGCACUGCUGAUAGCUACAGGGGACUCGGUGUAACACAACACGAAAUGAAAGACUACAAAGCAGCUCUUCAGUCUCUCCAGCGAGCAUUAGCAAUACGUAUUAAACUGUUUGGAGAAGAACAUAAAAGCACUGCUGAUAGCUACAGGGGACUCGGUGUAACACAACACUAAGUGAAAGACUACAAAGCAGCUCUUCAGGCUCACCAGCGAGCAUUAGCAAUACGUAUUAAACUGUUUGGAGAAGAACAUGAAAGCACUGCUGACAGCUACAAGGAACUCGGUGUAACACAACAUCAAAUGAAAGACUACAAAGCAGCUCUUCGGUCUAAGCAGCGAGCAUUAGCAAUACGUAUUAAACUGUUUGGAGAAGAACAUGAAAGCACUGCUGACAGCUACAGGGGACUCGGUGUAACACAACACUAAAUGAAAGACUACAAAGCAGCUCUUCAGUCUCUCCAGCGAGCAUUAGCAAUACGUAUUAAACUGUUUGGAGAAGAACAUGAAAGCACUGCUGAUAGCUAGAGGGGACUCGGUGUAACACAACACGAAAUGAAAGACUACAAAGCAGCUCUUCAGUCUCUCCAGCGUGCAUUAGCAAUAUGUAUUAAACUGUUUGGAGAAGAACAUGAAAGCACUCCUGACAGCUACAGGGGACUCGGUGUAACACAACACCAAAUGAAAGACUACAAAGCAGCUCUUCAGUGUAAACAGCGAGCAUUAGCAAUACGUAUUAAACUGUUUGGAGAAGAACAUGAAAGCACUGCUGACAGCUACAGGGGACUCGGUGUAACACAACACCAAAUGAAAGACUACAAAGCAGCUCUUCAGUCUAAACAGCGAGCAUUAGCAAUACGUAUUAAACUGUUUGGAGAAGAACAUGAAAGCACUGCUGACAGCUAGAGGGGACUCGGUGUAACACAACACCAAAUGAAAGACUACAAAGCAGCUCUUCAGUCUAAACAGCGAGCAUUAGCGAUACGUAUUAAACUGUUUGGAGAAGAACAUGAAAGCACUGCUGACAGCUACAAGGGACUCGGUGUAACACAACACCAAAUGAAAGACUACAAAGCAGCUCUUCAGUCUCUCCAGCGAGCAUUAGCAAUACGUAUUAAACUAUUUGGAGAAGAACAUGAAAGCACUGCUGACAGCUACAGGGGACUCGGAGUAACACAACACCAAAUGAAAGACUACAAAGCAGCUCUUCAGUCUCUCCAGCGAGCAUUAGCAAUACGUAUUAAACUGUUUGGAGAAGAACAUGAAAGCACUGUUGACAGCUACAGGGGACUCGGUGUAACACAACACGAAAUGAAAGACUACAAAGCAGUUCUUCAGUCUAAACAGCGAGCAUUAGCAAUACGUAUUAAACUGUUUGGAGAAGAACAUGAAAGCACUGCUGAUAGCUACAGGGGACUCGGUGUAACACAACACCAAAUGAAAGACUACAAAGCAGCUCUUCAGGCUCACCAGCGUGCAUUAGCAAUACGUAUUAAACUGUUUGGAGAAGAACAUGAAAGCACUGCUGACAGCUACAAGGAACUCGGUGUAACACAACACCAAAGGAAAGACUACAAAGCAGCUCUUCAGUGUAAACAGCGAGCAUUAGCAAUACGUAUUAAACUGUUUGGAGAAGAACAUGAAAGCACUGCUGACAGCUACAAGGGACUCGGUGUAACACAACACCAAAUGAAAGACUACAAAGCAGCUCUUCAGUCUCUCCAGCGAGCAUUAGCAAUACGUAUUAAACUAUUUGGAGAAGAACAUGAAGGCACUGCUGACAGCUACAGGGGACUCGGUGUAACACAACACCAAAUGAAAGACUACAAAGCAGCUCUUCGGUCUGAGCAGCGAGCAUUAGCAAUACGUAUUAAAGUGUUUGGAAAAGAACAUGAAAGAACUGCUGACAGCUACAGGGGACUCGGUGUAACACAACACUAAAUGAAAGACUACAAAGCAGCUCUUCAGUCUAAACAGCGAGCAUUAGCAAUACGUAUUAAACUGUUUGGAGAAGAACAUGAAAGCACUGCUGACAGCUACAAGGAACUCGGUGUAACACAACACCAAAUGAAAGACUACAAAGCAGCUCUUCAGUCUAAACAGCGAGCAUUAGCGAUACGUAUUAAACUGUUUGGAGAAGAACAUGAAAGCACUGCUGACAGCUACAAGGGACUCGGUGUAACACAACACCAAAUGAAAGACUACAAAGCAGCUCUUCAGUCUCUCCAGCGAGCAUUAGCAAUACGUAUUAAACUAUUUGGAGAAGAACAUGAAAGCACUGCUGACAGCUACAGGGGACUCGGUGUAACACAACACCAAAUGAAAGACUACAAAGCAGCUCUUCAGUCUCUCCAGCGAGCAUUAGCAAUACGUAUUAAACUGUUUGGAGAAGAACAUGAAAGCACUGUUGACAGCUACAGGGGACUCGGUGUAACACAACACGAAAUGAAAGACUACAAAGCAGUUCUUCAGUCUAAACAGCGAGCAUUAGCAAUACGUAUUAAACUGUUUGGAGAAGAACAUGAAAGCACUGCUGAUAGCUACAGGGGACUCGGUGUAACACAACACCAAAUGAAAGACUACAAAGCAGCUCUUCAGGCUCACCAGCGUGCAUUAGCAAUACGUAUUAAACUGUUUAGAGAAGAACAUGAAAGCACUGCUGACAGCUACAAGGAACUCGGUGUAACACAACACCAAAGGAAAGACUACAAAGCAGCUCUUCAGUGUAAACAGCGAGCAUUAGCAAUACGUAUUAAACUGUUUGGAGAAGAACAUGAAAGCACUGCUGACAGCUACUUCAACCUCGGAGUAGCACAACACCAAACGAAAGACUACAAAGCAGCUCUUCAGUCUCAUCAGCGAGCAUUAGCAAUACGUAUUAAACUGUUUGGAGAAGAACAUGAAAGCACUGCUGACAGCUACAAGGAACUCGGUGUAACACAACACCAAAUGAAAGACUACAAAGCAGCUCUUCGGUCUGAGCAGCGAGCAUUAGCAAUACGUAUUAAACUGUUUGGAGAAGAACAUGAAAGCACUGCUGACAGCUACAGGGGGACUCGGUGUAACACAACACGAAAUGAAAGACUACAAAGCAGCUCUUCAGUCUCUCCAGCGUGCAUUAGCAAUACGUAUUAAACUGUUUGGAGAAGAACAUGAAAGCACUGCUGAGAGCUACAGGGGACUAGGUGUAACACAACACGAAAUGAAAGACUACAAAGCAGCUCUUCAGUCUAAACAGCGAGCAUUAGCGAUACGUAUUAAACUGUUUGGAGAAGAACAUGAAAGCACUGCUGACAGCUACAGGGGACUCGGUGUAACACAACACCAAAUGAAAGACUACAAAGCAGCUCUUCAGUCUCUCCAGCGAGCAUUAGCAAUACGUAUUAAACUGUUUGGAGAAGAACAUGAAAGCACUGCUGACAGCUACAGGGGACUCGGUGUAACACAACACCAAAUGAAAGACUACAAAGCAGCUCUUCGGUCUGAGCAGCGAGCAUUAGCAAUACGUAAUAAACUGUUUGGAGAAGAACAUGAAAGCACUGCUGAUAGCUACAGGGGACUCGGUGUAACACAACACGAAAUGAAAGACUACAAAGCAGCUCUUCAGUCUCUCCAGCGAGCAUUAGCAAUACGUAUUAAACUGUUUGGAGAAGAACAUAAAAGCACUGCUGAUAGCUACAGGGGACUCGGUGUAACACAACACCAAGUGAAAGACUACAAAGCAGCUCUUCAGGCUCACCAGCGAGCAUUAGCAAUACGUAUUAAACUAUUUGGAGAAGAACAUGAAAGCACUGCUGACAGCUACAGGGGACUCGGUGUAACACAACACCAAAUGAAAGACUACAAAGCAGCUCUUCAGUCUCUCCAGCGAGCAUUAGCAAUACGUAUUAAACUGUUUGGAGAAGAACAUGAAAGCACUGUUGACAGCUACAGGGGACUCGGUGUAACACAACACGAAAUGAAAGACUACAAAGCAGUUCUUCAGUCUAAACAGCGAGCAUUAGCAAUACGUAUUAAACUGUUUGGAGAAGAACAUGAAAGCACUGCUGAUAGCUACAGGGGACUCGGUGUAACACAACACCAAAUGAAAGACUACAAAGCAGCUCUUCAGGCUCACCAGCGUGCAUUAGCAAUACGUAUUAAACUGUUUAGAGAAGAACAUGAAAGCACUGCUGACAGCUACAAGGAACUCGGUGUAACACAACACCAAAGGAAAGACUACAAAGCAGCUCUUCAGUGUAAACAGCGAGCAUUAGCAAUACGUAUUAAACUGUUUGGAGAAGAACAUGAAAGCACUGCUGACAGCUACUUCAACCUCGGAGUAGCACAACACCAAACGAAAGACUACAAAGCAGCUCUUCAGUCUCAUCAGCGAGCAUUAGCAAUACGUAUUAAACUGUUUGGAGAAGAACAUGAAAGCACUGCUGACAGCUACAAGGAACUCGGUGUAACACAACACCAAAUGAAAGACUACAAAGCAGCUCUUCGGUCUGAGCAGCGAGCAUUAGCAAUACGUAUUAAACUGUUUGGAGAAGAACAUGAAAGCACUGCUGACAGCUACAGGGGACUCGGUGUAACACAACACGAAAUGAAAGACUACAAAGCAGCUCUUCAGUCUCUCCAGCGUGCAUUAGCAAUACGUAUUAAACUGUUUGGAGAAGAACAUGAAAGCACUGCUGAGAGCUACAGGGGACUAGGUGUAACACAACACGAAAUGAAAGACUACAAAGCAGCUCUUCAGUCUAAACAGCGAGCAUUAGCGAUACGUAUUAAACUGUUUGGAGAAGAACAUGAAAGCACUGCUGACAGCUACAGGGGACUCGGUGUAACACAACACCAAAUGAAAGACUACAAAGCAGCUCUUCAGUCUCUCCAGCGAGCAUUAGCAAUACGUAUUAAACUGUUUGGAGAAGAACAUGAAAGCACUGCUGACAGCUACAGGGGACUCGGUGUAACACAACACCAAAUGAAAGACUACAAAGCAGCUCUUCGGUCUGAGCAGCGAGCAUUAGCAAUACGUAAUAAACUGUUUGGAGAAGAACAUGAAAGCACUGCUGAUAGCUACAGGGGACUCGGUGUAACACAACACGAAAUGAAAGACUACAAAGCAGCUCUUCAGUCUCUCCAGCGAGCAUUAGCAAUACGUAUUAAACUGUUUGGAGAAGAACAUAAAAGCACUGCUGAUAGCUACAGGGGACUCGGUGUAACACAACACCAAGUGAAAGACUACAAAGCAGCUCUUCAGGCUCACCAGCGAGCAUUAGCAAUACGUAUUACACUGUUUGGAGAAGAACAUGAAAGCACUGCUGACAGCUACAAGGAACUCGGUGUAACACAACACCAAAUGAAAGACUACAAAGCAGCUCUUCGGUCUAAGCAGCGAGCAUUAGCAAUACGUAUUAAACUGUUUGGAGAAGAACAUGAAAGCACUGCUGACAGCUACAGGGGACUCGGUGUAACACAACACUAAAUGAAAGACUACAAAGCAGCUCUUCAGUCUCUCCAGCGAGCAUUAGCAAUACGUAUUAAACUGUUUGGAGAAGAACAUGAAAGCACUGCUGAUAGCUAGAGGGGACUCGGUGUAACACAACACGAAAUGAAAGACUACAAAGCAGCUCUUCAGUCUCUCAGCGUGCAUUAGCAAUAUGUAUUAAACUGUUUGGAGAAGAACAUGAAAGCACUCCUGACAGCUACAGGGGACUCGGUGUAACACAACACCAAAUGAAAGACUACAAAGCAGCUCUUCAGUGUAAACAGCGAGCAUUAGCAAUACGUAUUAAACUGUUUGGAGAAGAACAUGAAAGCACUGCUGACAGCUACAGGGGACUCGGUGUAACACAACACCAAAUGAAAGACUACAAAGCUGCUCUUCGGUCUGAGCAGCGAGCAUUAGCAAUACGUAUUAAACUGUUUGGAGAAGAACAUGAAAGCACUGCUGACAGCUACAGGGGACUCGGUGUAACACAACACUAAAUGAAAGACUACAAAGCAGCUCUUCAGUCUCUCCAGCGAGCAUUAGCAAUACGUAUUAAACUGUUUGGAGAAGAACAUGAAAGCACUGCUGAUAGCUAGAGGGGACUCGGUGUAACACAACACGAAAUGAAAGACUACAAAGCAGCUCUUCAGUCUCUCAGCGUGCAUUAGCAAUAUGUAUUAAACUGUUUGGAGAAGAACAUGAAAGCACUCCUGACAGCUACAGGGGACUCGGUGUAACACAACACCAAAUGAAAGACUACAAAGCAGCUCUUCAGUGUAAACAGCGAGCAUUAGCAAUACGUAUUAAACUGUUUGGAGAAGAACAUGAAAGCACUGCUGACAGCUACAGGGGACUCGGUGUAACACAACACCAAAUGAAAGACUACAAAGCAGCUCUUCGGUCUGAGCAGCGAGUAUUAGCAAUACGUAUUAAAGUGUUUGGAAAAGAACAUGAAAGCACUGCUGACAGCUACAGGGGACUCGGUGUAACACAACACCAAAUGAAAGACUACAAAGCAGCUCUUCAGUCUCUCCAGCGAGCAUUAGCAAUACGUAUUAAACUGUUUGGAGAAGAACAUGAAAGAACUGCUGACAGCUACAGGGGACUCGGUGUAACACAACACUAAAUGAAAGACUACAAAGCAGCUCUUCAGUCUAAACAGCGAGCAUUAGCAAUACGUAUUAAACUGUUUGGAGAAGAACAUGAAAGCACUGCUGACAGCUAGAGGGGACUCGGUGUAACACAACACCAAAUGAAAGACUACAAAGCAGCUCUUCAGUCUAAACAGCGAGCAUUAGCGAUACGUAUUAAACUGUUUGGAGAAGAACAUGAAAGCACUGCUGACAGCUACAAGGGACUCGGUGUAACACAACACCAAAUGAAAGACUACAAAGCAGCUCUUCAGUCUCUCCAGCGAGCAUUAGCAAUACGUAUUAAACUAUUUGGAGAAGAACAUGAAAGCACUGCUGACAGCUACAGGGGACUCGGUGUAACACAACACCAAAUGAAAGACUACAAAGCAGCUCUUCAGUCUCUCCAGCGAGCAUUAGCAAUACGUAUUAAACUGUUUGGAGAAGAACAUGAAAGCACUGUUGACAGCUACAGGGGACUCGGUGUAACACAACACGAAAUGAAAGACUACAAAGCAGUUCUUCAGUCUAAACAGCGAGCAUUAGCAAUACGUAUUAAACUGUUUGGAGAAGAACAUGAAAGCACUGCUGAUAGCUACAGGGGACUCGGUGUAACACAACACCAAAUGAAAGACUACAAAGCAGCUCUUCAGGCUCACCAGCGUGCAUUAGCAAUACGUAUUAAACUGUUUGGAGAAGAACAUGAAAGCACUGCUGACAGCUACAAGGAACUCGGUGUAACACAACACCAAAGGAAAGGCUACAAAGCAGCUCUUUAGUGUAAACAGCGAGCAUUAGCAAUACGUAUUAAACUGUUUGGAGAAGAACAUGAAAGCACUGCUGACAGCUACUUCAACCUCGGAGUAGCACAACACCAAACGAAAGACUACAAAGCAGCUCUUCAGUCUCAUCAGCGAGCAUUAGCAAUACGUAUUAAACUGUUUGGAGAAGAACAUGAAAGCACUGCUGACAGCUACUUCAACCUCGGAGUAGCACAACACCAAACGAAAGACUACAAAGCAGCUCUUCAGUCUCAUCAGCGAGCAUUAGCAAUACGUAUUAAACUGUUUGGAGAAGAACAUGAAAGCACUGCUGACAGGUACAAGGAACUCGGUGUAACACAACACCAAAUGAAAGACUACAAAGCAGCUCUUCGGUCUGAGCAGCGAGCAUUAGCAAUACGUAUUAAACUGUUUGGAGAAGAACAUGAAAGCACUGCUGACAGGUACAAGGAACUCGGUGUAACACAACACCAAAUGAAAGACUACAAAGCAGCUCUUCGGUCUGAGCAGCGAGCAUUAGCAAUACGUAUUAAACUGUUUGGAGAAGAACAUGAAAGCACUGCUGACAGCUACAGGGGACUCGGUGUAACACAACACGAAAUG